GUUAGGGAGUCCCAGCAGAGAGCGUACCCCUCCCCGCCCAGCAGCAGCGAGCAAAGUCCUUCCUGCCGAUCCUGCGGACCCCGGAGUCCAAAUGGGACCCCGUCCACACGACCGCGGAGUCGCCUCCGAAGACGGCGGUGUCUGGGGCGCGGAGGGCACGGCUGGAGGCUGAGUGGGGUCCACCUUCGCGUGGCCCAGGCUCUUCCGAUUCGUGGGGGGCCCCGCUAGGUUCAGGCUCCAGCCCUGGGUAGUGAAGGGGAAACGGGGAACGGAAGGAGGGAGGGCACGUCACGGGAGCAGGACUGCAGGACCGCGGGUCAGGGGGCGCAGGAACGCCAAGGAAAAGACAAGCACCGAGGGCCAGGAAGGGUGUAGGCGGCAGUGGCAGCGGAUCCCCGGCCGCCGCUUCCGGCGCCUCCCGGCCCAGCUCUCCCGCGCCGACUCUGCCACAUCCUCCGGUGACGUCAGCCGGGGCCGCCAUAUUGGAAAGGCGCCGCCGCCGCCGCCUCCGCUUCGGAGCUCCGGGCGUUUUGGGGGCUGCGGCCGCAGGCAGGAAGGCACUCCUCUCCUGCUCCGCCGAUGCCCGGCCAGCCCGCCUCGCCCUGACCUGUCUCCUCAUGACUGCCCCCGGCCCCGCUGCCGACGGACGUCGCCCCGGCGUCCGGAUUUAACACGGAAACCCGGGUCGGAGGCCGCGCGGGGAGGAGGAGGGCGACCCGGUCGGUCCCGCCACUCUCUCGGCCCGGCUUGGCGCCUCGGCGGGAGCCAUGACCUCGCUGACCCAGCGCAGCUCCGGCCUGGUGCAGCGGCGCACCGAGGCCUCCCGCAACGCCGCCGACAAGGAGCGGGCGGCGGGCGGCGGCGCCGGCAGCAGCGAGGACGACGCGCAGAGCCGUCGCGACGAGCAGGACGACGACAAGGGCGACUCCAAGGAAACGCGGCUGACCCUGAUGGAGGAGGUGCUCCUGCUGGGCCUCAAGGACCGCGAGACGGAAUCUUGCUCUGUCGCCCAGGCCUGGAGUGCAGUGGCGCCAUCUGGGCUCACUGCAACCUCCCUCUCCCCAGGUUCAAGCGAUUCUCCUGCCUCGGCCUCCCUAGGUUACACAUCAUUUUGGAAUGACUGUAUAUCAUCUGGAUUACGUGGCUGUAUGUUAAUUGAAUUAGCAUUGAGAGGAAGGUUACAACUAGAGGCUUGUGGAAUGAGACGUAAAAGUCUAUUAACAAGAAAGGUAAUCUGCAAGUCGGAUGCCCCAACAGGGGAUGUUCUUCUUGAUGAAGCUCUGAAGCAUGUGAAGGAAACUCAGCCUCCAGAAACAGUCCAGAACUGGAUUGAAUUACUUAGUGGUGAGACAUGGAAUCCAUUAAAAUUGCAUUAUCAAUUAAGAAAUGUACGGGAACGAUUAGCUAAAAACCUGGUGGAAAAGGGUGUAUUGACAACAGAGAAACAGAACUUCCUACUUUUUGACAUGACAACACAUCCCCUCACCAACAACAACAUUAAGCAGCGCCUCAUCAAGAAAGUACAGGAAGCCGUUCUUGACAAAUGGGUGAAUGACCCUCACCGCAUGGACAGGCGCUUGCUGGCCCUCAUUUACCUGGCUCAUGCCUCGGACGUCCUGGAGAAUGCCUUUGCUCCUCUUCUGGACGAGCAGUAUGAUUUGGCUACCAAGAGAGUGCGGCAGCUUCUCGACUUAGACCCUGAAGUGGAAUGUCUGAAGGCCAACACCAAUGAGGUUCUGUGGGCGGUGGUGGCAGCGUUCACCAAGUAACUCUGCUCUGGGUGAACCAUUCUCCUUUCUCUCAUGUAAACCAGUAGUUUUUCUUCUGUUGACUUCUGGUUUUCUGUAAUUUGUACUUUCCCACACUGUAAUUGGCUUCUGUUUUACAAAAUGGUGGGUGGCUUUUUCUUUUUUGUAUGUAUACGGGAUUCUGCUGGUACGAGAGGCCUUCCUCUUUCUGUUUUUAAAAAAAGUUUUACUGCCAUAUUGGCAUUCCAUUCCCUGUUGCCAUCCUCACUGUUACCUGUUUUGGGUUUCUGGUCUACUUUGACUUUCAAAGUACCUCCAGCCUCCUCAUACGCACAGCUUUUGGAUGACUUCAGCUUGAGUUUCUCCGUAUGUGCAUGUACAUCUAGCAUUCUGCCUACAGUUCAGACAGAAGUCACAAAAAGGCCUUCAACUCACCAAAGGUAAAUAUCUGUAUCUAUUAGGACAUUUUAUACGUAGACUUCAGUUGAGAUGUAUACUUAGCAAAAUUAUUUUUAAAUUGAAACAGCACAGUAAAUACUUAAUAUAAAAUGCCCCUUGGAUUUUGCUUCCCAUGUGAAUCUAUUGUAUUAUUACACUUGUUAUAAUUUUAACUAUAAAGGUCCAGUUGUUUCACAGAGCCGGUUUGGGAUGGGCUGCAUUCCAUUUAUGCUGUAUAUAGUUUGAAUUAUAUAUAAAUUACCCCUUCUUCUGGCCACCCCUGCUCCCAUCUUAGUAUUUUGCAAGAUUUAAUCGGUUGUACACCUGGUGCCCCUCACUUGCUUCAGUCAUGGUUAUUUGAUGGCAAAAUCGACCUCUCAUCACUGAAGGAGAGAGAAAAGAUGUGUGUCUGAUUGGUCCUGGGAUUUUUUGAGCUGUGCCAUUUAUGGUACUCUUUGCCUAUGCAUCCCCUUUUUAGAUUUUUUUUUAAAUUUUAUCUUACUGUUUUUAUAAUUUCUAUUGGGAAGAGGCUUGUGACCAGUACCAAUCUUGAGUUUCUUUUUCUGUCCACAAGUAAAUUAAUGUCUGCUCUGAAAUGUCAUUUAUCUACUCACACAUUCUUGGGGAAAAAAAUCAAAUGUCAGUCCUAGCAGAUGUUGCAUGUAAAUUGGUAGCAAGUAAUGAUUACAACCCAGAGGAUUAAGAAUUUUGUAACAGAAAGCUCUGCUAUGUUUUAAUUUUUUAUAUACAAUUAGGAUAAUUAGCAUCAUCAGACUACAAACUUUGCUUUUUAAAGUUUAUUUUUACUAUUUCUUUAUCACUUUAUUGUAUCAUCACCAUUGGUUUCAUAAUGUAAAUACUAUAUAUUGAACAAAUUAAGUGUCAAAAUUUUUUAUUACCAUAGUCCAUGUUAAUGGUGGGGCUUUCAGGUGUUUCGAGAUUUUUGUUGUUGUUGUUAACAUUCAUUGCAAAAGUACUAGAUGGUGUAUAACUCUAGAGUUGAAUUUUAAGGGAUUCCCUAAUAUGUAUACUAUCUUUUUAUCUGAAGUAAUAAAUAAACAAUGAUCUUGAAAGUGCCUGAA